GCAGAUGCUAUAACGUUAGAUAACGCCAAUCAAUCAAUAUAAGCUGAAAUCUGAAGAGUAGCCAGUAGAUUUUAAAGCCCUUAACGAUGGCCAAGCUGGAUGAACGUAUUGGCUUCAUUGGAGGCGGAAACAUGGCCUUUGCCAUUGGCAGCGGUCUCGUUCGCUGCGCCAUUGUAAAGCCUAGCCAGGUGCUGGUCUCGGGACCGCACAUCGAGAACCUUUCCCGCUGGCGGAUGCUGGGCGUCGUCACCACCGACGACAAUUGUGAGGUCCUGGAGCACAAAGACGUUGUGUUCAUCUGCGUCAAGCCGCACAUCCUAGGGCAAUGCGCCUCGCAGCUCAAGUACAAGGAUGCCAGCAAGCUCAUCGUUUCUGUGCUGGCGGGAACAAGCCUCAAAACCCUAGAGGAAAAGUUCGACUUCAUCGAAAGUUCGGGCCCGAAGGUGAUCCGGACGAUGCUCAACCCAUCGAUGCAGGUCGGCGAGGGCUGUACCGUGUACACGGGCAACGCUCGGGUUAGGCACCAGGAUCUGGAGAAGGUGCACAUAAUGCUCAACGCGCUGGGAUUGGCCCAGAAAGUGCCGGAGCAGAUGAUCGACGCCGUCACCGGCUUGGCUGGCUGUGGGCCAGCCUUUGUCUACACAAUAAUAGAGGCUCUGGCCGAUGGUGGUGUCAAGAAGGGUGUGCCACGGGCAAUGGCCCUGCAGUUUGCCGCUCAGACCUUACUGGGAAAUCAUUCUAUUCUGAAACAACAAUUUUUUUGUUUAUUUACGAAUAUGGAUAGGGAACGGUUAACCCAUUGUCGACCAGUGGGUAUUAAAAUACUCUAAACGAAAAUAAUGAAU